AUGGCAUUCAAAUUUGUAGUAUUCGCCGCUUUCGUAGCCGUAGCCCGUGCCGGUGGUUUGGUGGCCCCCACUUACAGUAGCUACGCUGCUCCAGCUGUAGUAUCCCACGGAUAUGCCGCCCCAGCCUACGCUCACGCCGCCCCAGUGGUAGCCAAAUACUCUGCUGCUCCAGCUGUAGCCACCUCUUACUCUUCCAUCGCUCACUCCGCUCCAGUAGUAGCCAAAUACUCUGCUGCUCCAGUCUACACUCAAUCCUACGCUGCCCCAGCUUACUCUCAUGGAUACGCCGCCCCAGCCGUAGCCGCCUACGCCGCCCCAGUUGCCAAAGUAGCCUAUGCUCCAAUCCAAAAGACCAUCGUCGCUGAAGCUCCAGCCAACUACGAAUUCGGUUACUCCGUAAACGACCCACACACUGGAGACAGCAAAUCUGCCCAAGAAACCCGUCACGGAGACUCCGUACAAGGAUCUUACUCCCUCAUCGACGCUGAUGGCACCAAGAGAACCGUAGAAUACACCGCUGACGAACACAACGGAUUCAACGCCGUAGUACACAAAGAACCAGCUCAAGUAGCCAUCAAAGCCGUAGCCAAAGUAGCCGUAGCCGCCCCAGUUUCCUACGCCACCCCAGUAGCUCACUACGCUCACGCCGCUCCAGUAGUAGCAAAAUACGCCGCCGCUCCAGCCGUAGCCACCUCUUACUCCACCGUAGCUCAUGCCGCCCCUGCUUACGCUCAUUACGCUCAAGCCGCUCCAGUAGUAGCCAAAUACUCUGCUGCCCCAGCCGUAGCCACCUCUUACUCCACCGUAGCUCAUUCCGCCCCGGCUUACGGUCAUUACGCUCAAGCCGCCCCAGUAGCCCAUUUCGCCGCUGCCCCAGCUGCUCACUCUUACUACCACUAA